GAGAGGUAGGCAAACUUGUCUGCAUUAAAGGCAUGAGGAGUGGUAAGGCAUUAAGUCAAUUAACUCAUCCUUUUCAUCCCCUUGACCUCCAUAUAUAAACAUCACAAACCAUUGCUCUCGUUAAGAUCUCUCUUUUCUGCCCUUUACCAUCUUUUUAGAUUAUUUGCUUUUGGUGGUGUUGUUCAAGCCUUCAAGAUGAGUGAGAAUGGUGAAAAGGCUCAUGAAACUCGCCCAACUCCCCGCUUGAAUGAAAGAAUUCUUUCAUCUUUGUCAAGAAGAUCAGUUGCUGCACACCCUUGGCAUGAUCUUGAAAUCGGACCUGAAGCGCCCAAGAUAUUCAAUUGUGUUGUGGAGAUCAGUAAGGGAAGUAAGGUCAAAUACGAACUUGACAAAAAGACUGGAUUGAUUAAGGUUGAUCGGAUUUUGUAUUCAUCAGUUGUUUAUCCUCAUAACUAUGGAUUUGUCCCUCGAACUCUAUGCGAAGACAAUGAUCCACUUGAUGUCUUGGUAAUCAUGCAGGAGCCAAUUCUCCCUGGUUGUUUCCUGCGAGCUAGGGCCAUUGGACUAAUGCCCAUGAUUGAUCAGGGGGAGAAGGAUGAUAAAAUUAUUGCAGUAUGUGUUGAUGAUCCAGAGUAUAAGCACUAUACUGACUUAUCACAACUUCCACCCCACCGCCUCCAUGAGAUUCGUCGUUUCUUUGAAGAUUAUAAGAAGAAUGAGAACAAGGAGGUUGCAGUUAAUGACUUUUUGCCAGCAUCUAAUGCUGUUGAAGCUGUCCAGUACUCAAUGGAUCUUUAUGGAGAGUAUAUUAUGCAUACCUUGAGGCGAUAGACCAUAAUACUGUUUUGCAUGAAUCAGAAUAAGCUGCUCUAGAUGGUUUAUGAAUAUAUUGUCAUGUCAUGAAACUAUUAUACUUUUUUUGUAUUGAAUUGGAUAAUAUACCAGUUGUUUGUUGCAUUUAGUGAAGAACAACUAUCAACUUUGAUGCUAAUCCUAGUUGAUUGAAAUUUUUCUUGUAUUGUUAAGUUUCCAAUUAAUACUUUGGUAAUCUGUUUUUGAUUCUGCA